AUGAAGAAGAAGCAGGAAGCAAGAACUUGAUAUGAAGACAUUUUUAUUUGUUCAGCGGAAUAAUUAUUGCAGCGCUGGUCCCUAUGCUGUCCACCUGAACUUUUUGUGAAGAGCUUUCAUCAUUACUUCUUUAGAUUUAGAGGCCUCCUUAUUUCGGGGAUUCCAUUUUCAAAACCGAAAAUACCAAGGUGGUACUAUUUCGAAUUUUCUUUAUUUCGCGAAGCACUUGGAAUUUUGAAAAAAGUUUGAAGCACCAGGUGUAUAUCUUCGUCUGAAGCCAUCAACAACUGAACAAUUUAUUUUGUACGUCUUAAAAUUUGACAGUACAACAACUACUGGUCCAAGUGCUUUAUAUGCGAAGAUAUCCAACUACUUCAAAAUCACUAACAUAUUUAUAAAGUGUUGAAAUCAUGGCGAGCAUGACGAAUGCAUCCGCGUUUCGUCUGACAUUUGUUCUUGCGCAGAGUGUUUUCUUUUCUGGUGUUGGUGAAGCUGCACGAGGAGGUCGAAAGGGCCGGGGCGGCGGCGAGAAAAAAGUGAAUCUGAAUGCACAAAAAGCGGUAUUGACGAAAGAAGAGAUACAGAAUCUGAAAGAGGUGUUACAGAAAAAAGUUAGGUGCUACCACGACGCGGCACUGGUCCAAAUUGAGUGUCACAAUGGGAGCGAAAGUUGGGACGGGGCGCUGCGAAAGAUGAUGAAUACGGUUCCUGCUGCCCGAGAAAUCCCUUUUUCCGAGGAACCUGCGGGAACGCGCUCGAAGACCACGGGAAACGAGCGCUACAGCUUGAAACAGCAGAAGGAUGUUCUGGGACUGCUUGCGGGGAAGAUCCGGAGCAACUUGCACGACGAACAUAAUGUUGUGCAACGGCUUAUUGAGCAAUUGGAUCGCGGAGGUCCCAUCACCGCAGAGACCGAUUUGAGGAUGGAGACGCUUUUCUGGCCGGCCUUUGGGUUCCCCAAGGGCCAGUCCAUUAUUCAGGCUUUCUUCGCGGGUAGCCGCUGCUUACGGGCGCGACAAAAUUUUUGGAAUCGCAAGUGCACCGAGACUCUGUACGGCCACCUCCGAGCAGCAAGCGAAGAAGCAAAGAAGCAGUACAGAGGGCACAGCGAAGCAGAGAAAGUUUUCUGCGGAAGCGAGGACGUCGGCGUCACGGAAGCAGGAGAGGAACCUCUCAUGCCGAUGAUAGAAAAGACGUUGUCGCGUGUCAAGCAGGCGAGGGACCUCUUCCGCGAACAAAUUCGCCCGUAUGUUAAGCAGAAGCAGCAAGCGGCGCAGCGUCAGGCGAGCAUAGCUGGCAGCGGCAGUAGCGGGGGCCACAACCAGCAGUCGAGCCGAUUCGACCUGCUGACCGCGGGUGCGGGCGAAGAUAACGGCCAGAGUGAGAGCGAUGUUGGGUCACCAGCAUCUUCCUACUCGACGGGCGGGUCGAUGAGCGACUCGGCUAACCAACGGCAGGGGCGUCGUGCUUCGUCGGGUCGUGGUGUUCUCGCUAGACGCAAGAAGACGCAAGCAGCUAAGAGAGGUGGCGCGCAGGUGUGGGCUCAAGCUGCGCUUCUGGCCAGAGAAGCGGGCGAAACGGACGAAUUGCUGGAAAAACUGUUCGAAAAGGAGAGGAAACGAAACCAGGCCGAGAGGCUUGAGCAGCUGGGGGACGACAUUGUGAAUCCAGUCGGCAGUGCAAGUGCUUUCGGGAUGUUAUUAGCCACUCCGAUGGACAUGGCGAGGGCCGCGGCGAUGCGGCGGGCGGAACUACAGAUGAAGCGGCACAAAGGUUCAUCUGCGCCGGGUCAUCAACAAGCAGCGGCACAACCUCCGUCGAGCCAGCGCUUCGAGGAGUUGCGGCCGUACCUGGUGGCGCUGUGCCAGUUUGAGCCCGAAAGUUUAAGAGCAGAUGACGGGAAGAUGACCGAGAGAUCCUCAAGUGCCCUUUCAAGAACGGGAGCGCCGGCGGCCCCAGACGAGCUCGAAAGCAUCGCGACGAAGUGUGGUUCGCCCCAAGCGAGUCGGUAUGUGUUCACAUAUCUCACCCCCCUUCUGCAACUUGGUGUUAGUGGCCGAAGUGGGGAAAGAGCGGCUACAGUGUUGCGCAACUUCAUCGCGAGCACUGAAACGGCCUCAGCGAAACAACUGGAAGAAAUGCUGCAGCAUAAAGCCUCGCCGGAGAGUCAGCUUCACGACUGGCGCGUGCACCAGAUGGCGCUCUUGGCGGGUGUGGAUGCGGCAGAGGAUUUGGUGAAAUUCUCGAUAGAGCAUCUUAGGUCCUACGACCUCAAUCGCGUCAUGAGCUUGAUUAGGGACCGCUGGGAAAAGGAGUGGAAAAAAGACCAAGCGCAAUAUGAAGAAACGCUUUUCGAGGCGUAUUCUCAGCGAGCUGCGAGGGGAGAGCCACUCGGCAAGGAUGGCGACGAAAAGGAUCUUGCUGACGUGGGGGAGCCUGAUUCCGAUGCCUAUGCCCUAAAAAAUCCAUCUCUACGCCCAUCUUUUCAAAAUUCCCCCUAUCGGUCUGCCGCCAUUUCGUUGCAUUUGCAUACAUACAGCCCAUCGCAAAACCCCAAAACCGAAGUCGCGUCCGCGGCCGAACAAGAAAACAACUCCUGCCUGGCAGCAGCUGUUAAAAUUUGAAGAGAUGCCUUCUUCAGCAUCUUGUCGAAAUUUGGCAACCUUUCGCAGCGCGGGCCCGACCAGCCCGCCCGCAGAUCCUAACUUGCAAGACUGCUUGGCGCAUCUAUUUCCGGGGCGCGUUUUUGGUUUUGCGGGCUCUUGGCGGGGCGCUGUAUGUGUUGCGAGGCACAUCUCCACAAAAUGCAGAAGGUGAAGGAAGAACAGGCACUGGAGAAUGCAAGCAAUCGCCAAUCGUCCGAGAAAUAAGUUGAAAAGAUGCAGCCACACACAGGGCUCAUCUUUUCAGGUUUGGAAGCUAUCAAAGUUUGAAAAGACUGAUGCUCUUUCGGCAUCUUUUCAAAUUUUGAUAAGUGGGCGCCCACAGCUCUUCAAACUUUGAAAAGAUGUCGAUUUCAAAUUUCGACCACAACCGCAACAACGCAAAAGGAAACAUCUUUUCAAGUUUUGACUACCUGUUUGCUGAGGUGUCAGUCCAAAGAGGUUGCUCUUGUUAUCUUACUCUGCUCUCCGUUGUGUGAUGGAUUUUGAUAAGCCUUCCAUUACCUGUGCAAGCAGGGGCGCACCCAGGGUCCAUGGCCUCAUGCAUAGGGUUGGGGGGUGCGCUUGGUUCUUGGUUUUUUUCUUACAAUGGGGCGCUUGGCUUGCGUUUCUACCCCGGGCUCGGGGCAGAAAUGGAACAGCCUGGCUUAGCGCGCUUGCACAGGCGUAAGCGCAGCCGCCACCGGAGAGGCGCUACCCGAUAAUCGAAGAGGGCGCCGGGAAAUGAACUCGCCAAAAUUUGAAAAGAUAGCCAAAAAGGUGGAUAUUUUUCGGAAGGACUCUUCUGAGUUGGCCGGACUUGAAUCUACUGAUGUCCAUCCCGCAGAACUGAUUUUGAUCUGGCGAAGAAAUAGUGUCGCUCGUGCCGCUCGCAGGGAGCUGUAUGACGUAUUCGCAAAAGAGAGGAUGUUAAUGGCUGAGGCGGCGGAGGAAGAUGCGAAGUGCCAGCAGCCGUGCCGGGCCGGUUUGUUGGGGGCGUUGCCCUGCUGCAAGUCGAGGGCGGGCCCGGAGGUGCAGAGAAGUCUGGCGAAGUUGGCGAAGCUUCGGCAAGAGUUGCAACUUGUCACAGAAGAGAGACUGCUGAAAGAAGAAAAGGCGGAAGAGGUUGAGCGCAUCUCUGUUUUUGUUAAUGGGAAGCUGAAGGCCGUCGCAGCGCGUAAUGUAUUGGGCUUGCAGCUUCUGCGCGGGCUGAAGAACGACAUGAACGCGAUUCGUGUUGGUGGGCAGAAGCGUGGGAGAUCCUGGCAGGCGGACAUCCAGAAUCUGCUUGAAGAACAGUGUCGCCGGAUCGAAAAGCACCUAGAUGUCCUGGACGCACGGACCAAACCCGGGAAAGCGCCAAAUGUCCGACAGAGAGCGCAGAAGAGUCUACUCGUUUGGCUGCAGGGCCGCUUGGAAACGUUUUUCAAGUAUAACCAAAGCAAGCAAUUGAUGCUGUCCACCGACAGGGAUUGGGUAAUGUUGGGGGAACAAUUGGCCCUCGACUUUUUGUAUGGAAGCGAGGACCUUCCUCCAGGAACGGAGCCCCUGGUCGUACAGAAGUGGAUAACUAACUAAGAAAUGGCAAAGCCAUAGGAGGCACUGUAAGUAACUAGCAAUUUUUGCAAAACACGAACACACUUCUUCUUUCGUUCCAGAUGGUGUCUAUGUGUUG